CAAUAAUCAAAUUUAUAUAAUUAAAAAAAAAAACACUCAAACGCCACUCUCAUAGAACCCUGAUCAGCAAUGGUGAAACACAUAAGCGAAAAGCCUGCGGCGGAGAGAAGAGAUUUAAAGUUCAAGGGUGUUCGCAAGCGGAAAUGGGGGAAGUGGGUAUCGGAGAUCAGACUGCCAAACAGCAGGGAAAGGAUUUGGUUGGGAUCUUAUGACUCCGCCGAGAAAGCAGCCCGUGCUUUCGACGCCGCUCUUUUUUGUUUACGCGGCCAAUCGGCGAAGUUCAAUUUCCCCGAUGCUCCGCCCGAGAUCGCCGGCGGUAGGUCUUUGACGCGGACCCAAAUCCAAGCCGCCGCAGCCCGUUUUGCGAAAUCGGAGCCUCCGAGGGUCGUCCAACCGGAGGAAUCCAACUCCGGGUUUCAAACGGAAUCUCCAACGCCGUCGGUUUCGGACGGGACGGUACAGUUGGACAGUGAGCUGGCCAUGGAUGGGUCGUUUCUGGAUCUCUUGGCAAGCGGUUCGGGUAAUUACGGGUCGGAUUAUGGAAUGAAUAUGAUAUUCCCUGGUUUUGAUGAUUUCUCAAGCGAUUUUCUCGGAUCCACGUUGCCCGAAAUCGGGUACGAAGACGAAAAUUUUGAUGGGAUUUUAGUUGCAGAAUCUUUUCUUUGGGAUUUCUAAAAACGGGUCAACCUGGGCGUUUUAGUAUCCAGUUUGGAUCCGAAUAUUUGCCGUGCCCAACAUUUGUACGGCCCGGCCUUUUUGCUUAUACUUUGAGAGAUUAAAUUAUUAUUUUUAUAUAA